AUGGACCGCUUCGACGUCAUCAGCUUUGCCGACCUCACGGGCCCCAAGGGCGGCGAGUGGGUCAAGAUCGGCGGCGGCAGCUUCGGUGUCGUGUACCGCGGCGAGUACCUCGGCACGGAAGUCGCGAUCAAGGAGGUGCUGGCGAACAACACGUACGAUGUGGAAAAGUACUUUGAGCGCGAAUGCGUGCUGAUGAAAGAGGCACGGCACCCCAACAUCGUGCAGUACAUCGGCCUGACGAAGAGCCCGGGCGCCGACGGGCGCAUCUACAUCAUCAGCGAGUUCGUCGGCGGCAACCUGCGCUCGUACCUUGCCGAUAAGCGCAAGCCGUUCGACUGGCCGCUGCGCAUGAGCUUCGCCACCGACAUUGCGCGUGCCGUGGCGUACCUGCACGCACGCAACUGCCUGCACCGCGACCUCAAGGGCGAGAACCUGCUCAUCACCGCGAACGACCGCAUCAAGGUCUGCGACUUUGGCUUUGCGCGCAUCGCCGCGCGCAACGAGGACGAGAUGCGCCGCAUCAGCUACUGCGGCACGGACGGCUACAUGUCGCCCGAGAUCCUGAUGGGCGUCGACUUCAGCCUGCCGUCGGACGUCUUCUCGCUCGGCGUCAUCUUCUGCGAGAUUCUCUCGCGCCACCUCGUCGACGGCAACACGUUCAAGCGCGAGAUGCCCGGCUUUGGCCUCGACGCCGCCGAGGUGCGCGAGAUGGCGUCCAAGGGCUGCCCGGAGCGCUUCAUCCAGCUGAGCCUGGACUGCGUCGACGAGGACCCGAGCGCGCGCCCGGACAUGCGCGAGGUGAUCCGCCGCCUGCGCGAGAUCGAGCAGGAGGUGCUGGCGCGCGAGGCGCAGGCCGGCACGCUGCGCUGCGUCGGCAGCCUGCGCGGCUCGAGCCUGCAGGCCGUCGUCGGCACCAAGGCGUCCAGCAGGCGUGCCGGUGGCCGUCCGAUGCCGCCGCGGCUGCCGUCGUUCAGCGGCCAGGUGCAGGUCGGCUCCUCGGCACCCAUCCGCGAGGAGACGGCGCACAGCCGCGACUCGUCGGGCAGCGAGAGCGACGAGGACAUGAGCGAGGCACUGGCCGCGCUCGAGAAGGUCGGCCUCAACCCCGCCUCGCUCGACGGGCCCGAGUCGGCGCUCGGCACCAUCACCUCGGCCAGCACGUUCAAGGUCUCCGGCCACGGCAACCCCUGGUGGAGCGACGAGAGCAGCGCGAGCCUGCCGAGCCUACGCAGCUCGUGGGUGCGCCGCGCCACUCCCGCCGAUGAGGGCGCCAAGGCCGAGAGCACGUCUGACGAGGACAAGGCCGGCGACUCGCAGUACAGCACGUCGGUCGUGCGCCCGUCCAAAACCAAGGAGAUGCACGCGCCGCUGCCGAUGACGAUGUCGGCGCACACGAUUGGCCGCGAGGGCGCCGCCGACGUGUCCGAGUCGAGCAUCACUGUGCGCGGCCACGAGGCGGCGCCGACAGAGGUGCAGCCGCUGCUCGAGGCGGCGCAGGCCGAGGCGGACAACUCGGGCGACGACGAGGUGACGCAGUCGUUCAUGACGGCGCGCUCGCGGCGCCAGGAGGCGUCGCUGGCCAUGGCGACGAUCUGCUCGUCGAUCCACAGCGGCCACGGCCCGCUCUACCACCGCUUCACGCUCAUCAAGAACGGCAUGAAGCGCCCCGCCUCGCUCGGCUCAGCCGCCGCCGCGGCGGCCUCGGGCAACAUUACCGCCUCGCAGGUCGGCGGCAGCCUGCUGCCGCCCGGCGUCAUCCUCGCCAACGCGCUGUCCAAGUGCCACGUGUGCGGCCGCCGCCUCGGCUUUGGCGCCUUCAUGGACUGCGACGACUGCCCCUACAAGACUCACGCUGGCUGCGCCGAGUACGCCGAGCCGACGUGCCAGGAGAUGGCGAUUCCCACCACGCCCGUCCUGACGCCCGUCAAUGCUUCUCGCCGUGGCUCGCGCGGUGCCGCCUCGCCGACGACGAGUGCCGGCUCGCGCGCCCAGUCGCCCGCCACUGCCGCGCUCGCCAAGGCAGCUGCAGCACUGGGUCAGGCGCAGCAGCGCACCUCGUCCCCGCCGCCUCCGCCGCCGACGUCGUCGACGCAGUCCAGCUCGGGCCGCGGCCUCUGGAAGGGCCGCAGCAAGCGCGCCAGCAAGAGCCCGCCUUCCUCUGCUGCGCCCGUCGCCCGCGCCUGA